AUGCCGCAGCUCUUUCCGACCGACCCAUCGUCGUCGAUGGUCAUCCGCGCAGUGACGCCAGAAAUCACCACUUUCAGUCUGCCGUUCGCGCGGUUUGGAAUUGUGCGUUUCGGAGGUCGAGGAACUUUAGUCAAGCUCGCAACUGGCUCUCUCGCCAUCUUCUCCCCCAUCAGCCUCACACCCGAAGUCCGUGAGACAGUUCAGACGCAGGGCGGCAACGUCAAGUACAUCAUCGCGCCUGAUCUUGAACACCACUUGCACCUCACAGCAUGGAAGGACGCCUUCCCGGAUGCCCACAUCCUUGCGCCGCAUGGUCUGUGGGAGAAGCGACAGAAGAGCCCCGAGUUUAAAGAUACGCAUUUCGAGCAUGUGUACAAGGACGGAGCGCCAAAGUCAAUUUCGGAGGAGUUUGACGCGGAGUUUGACGUUGAGUACGUGCAGGGGCAUAGCUCGCGCGAGGUUGUUCUUCUCCACAAGCCCUCACGUACGCUCAUUGAGGGUGAUCUCAUUUUCAACUUGCCCGCCACCGAGCAGUACUCGAAGACCAAGGAGGGUGCCACCGCCAACUUCUUGACGCGGUUGGUUCUUCCCGCAUUGAGUCUACACGCACCCUCGACGGGACACCGACGCUUCGCUUGGUAUAUACUGGCUAAGGACAGGACUUCGUUCGCAGAGUCCAUGCGCCGGAUUGACCGAUGGAACUUUGACCGUCUGAUUCCGUGCCAUGGGGACGUGGUCGAAAAGGGUGCCAAGGGGGUGUUUCAGGAUGUCAUGGCGUGGUACCUGAAAAAUGAUCAGAAGAAUGUCUAA